AUGCCCCGCUCCCUCUUCGUCACGGUCGGCUCGACGCGCUUCCAGGCGCUCACGGACGCCGUGCUCUCCCCCUCGGCGCUGGACGCGCUGUCAUCCGUCGGCGUCACAACGCUCGUCGUGCAGCUCGGCAGCGCUGACAUCCCGGCCCACGUUGGCGUCGGCGCGCAAGGCGGCGAGUGGGCUCACGGCGCGCUGGGGGUCACGGUGCUCCGGUACACUGUCGACGCGGCGCACAUGGCGCGCCUGCUCGCUGCGUCCGACGCGGUCGUCUCUCAUGCCGGCGCCGGCUCCAUCCUCCAGGUCCUCCGCCUGCCUCGGCCGCUGCUCGUCGUGCCCAACACUGCGCUGAUGGACAACCACCAGCAAGAGCUGGCGGAUGCGCUGCGCGCAGGCGACUACCUGACCGUCGCGUCGGUCGAUCAUCUGCUCGACGGGCUCAAGCGCCUGCUCGCCAACCCCGAGACAAAGCCGUUCCCCGCGUUCGAGCCCGCGCGCUUCCGCUCCAUCCUGGACGAGACGGCGGGGUUCGCAUAGUGCCGUCAGGCCGUUCACUCGGCCUUGCCUCCAGCCUCGGCCUUGCUGUCCUCCCCUUCGGCGGCCGCCUUGCCCUUCACGUCCGAGUGUCCGAGCCCCAUGUCGGGCUGAACAAUGUUGCGAAUGCGCUGCUUGAGCACCUUGAGCUCGGGGAAGCCACCCUCGGUCUGUACAUUAGCCCCGCCCUGUAGCUCUAUAGCAC